AUGCCAAUUCAUCUCCAGUACGCCCGAUCCUCACUCCCAGUGUUGGCAGCUCUCAUUGUUUCUGGUCAUAUUACGGCGGGCGACGUUAUCGAUCUGCCACUUCCCCAUCCCGAGGUCUGGCCCAACACCGUCGCCUAUGUGUAUACAGGACAAGGAGAGGUGACGGAUGCGGUGAGGGAAAACAUCCUAUACCUUGCUGGAAAGGUUUAA